CUUUGGGAACCACCAUUACUUGCCUGGCUAUCCCUUGUUAUUUAUCCCCAGGAGGAGAAAAAGGCUAGUGUGCAACGUUUCUAAGGUGGAAUACCCUCAAGGCACCAAGGUCUUGUCUGAUCAUGGAAACUAAACAGGGCCAGCCCAGGUGUUAACUCCCUGAAGAACGUAGAACAAGGGAAAUUGGAUCAACCUCCUGCCGCAGAGAGGCAGGGGAGAUGUCUUCUGGACAAAACGGAGACUGUAAACUCAGCAGAAGAGACAAUGGAAAUCCCAGCUACCAAAGACUGCUCUCCAAACAGCGGUGGAGAUCCGGAUGGGUCUUUGCAGAUGUCCCAUAUGGAUGGAAAUACAUCUGUUAUAUCAGACUUGGGGACCACUAACAGUUCUCCAUUUCAUCAGCCUCAGUGUGAAGAAGAAAUGUUGGUAGGCUCUGAUCCACAUCAAUGUCACACGAGUGGGAAUGGAGGAUCUAAAACACCACAUUGUUGGGGAGAACUCUUAGAGAAUCCAAGUUCAGAUCUUCCCAUUGACCAGCGCAUGUCCACAAAUGGAUCCCUUAAGCUAAGGACUGAAGCCCUAGCUUCUAAAAACAAGAGUGGGGCCAACAAACCAUCUCAGGUGGGUAAUGGGAUAUCAGGACAUAUGGUUGUCCAAGAUGGCAGCCUCACUGAGGAGGAGACCUCCAGUGCUCAACAUGCCCACUGGGGUAGUAUAAAGGAAGAGUCUGUUGGCUGCAAAUCACUGUCUUCUGAAUCAACUGAGGAGGAUGACCCCGCUCUCCUAGCCAUGUUCCGUGCCGUGGCCAACAGCCGCCUGGCUGUCCGGAGCCAACAAAAAGAUGAACCAGAUUUCACGCCCACGCAGAAGUUGGCCAUCUUACGGGAGCUGUACCAUGCCAAGCCCUUGGUGUUCCUGGAGCGCUUCCGAACAGCUUUGCAUGAAGAACACUUGCCUUGCUUCCACCAUCUCUCUGGCAGUUACGAGGCUGAUUUCUACUGCGCUGAAGUGCGCAGGGCUGGCCUGGGCAAAACGCGACGUACUCGGGUGCGGAACAAGCGCUAUGCAGCUCUACAGCAGCUUAUUAGAGGUGGGGAAUACUUUAGCGAUGAACAGAUGCGUUCUCGGGAUCCACUCCUUUAUGAACAGUACAUUGGGCAGUACCUGAGUGAUGAAGAGAUGCAGGCACUGGGCAGCAGCAAGCUGGAGGCUUCCUGCUCUCUCUCAGGUGUCCUCCUGGACUCCUAUCAGGAGCAGGUCAUCCAGCGGCGUCUGCAGAUUCAACAGGAACAAGAAGAGGCAUGUGAGGAGGAAGAAGAAGAGGAAGAUACGGACGAUGAGGACAAGGAAGACAGGGCCUCUGACCCUAAUGGGGAUGAAUGGGUCCCUGACCAAGGAGAGAAAGCAUUUCUGCGGGAGGAGUUCACCAGCCGUAUGUACCAGCGUUUCCUUGAUGGCAAGGACAGGGACUUCGACUACAGUGAGGUAGAUGAGAAUCCAGAUUUUGAUAACCUGGACAUUGUAUCACGAGAUGAGGAGGAGCGCUACUUCGAUGGAGAGGACCCAGAAGAUGCUGACUCUAUGGAAGCAGAGUAGACGUGUCUGAGAUCUUGGCCCCAAGACAGAGGUAAAGGCUCUCAAAUCAAAUGUGGAGAUAGAGGACACAUGGUUGACUUCUGCCCUGUUGUGUGACUUUUCCCCUGCCAAAUUGGGCGUCAACCAGAUGUGGGUUGCAAAAGCAGGUUUGAGUUGAAGUGCUGCUGAGAUCUGAGCUGCGACAUCCGCACUUCAAGAUAUCUGCACAGCCCUUCCCAGCUGCUCUCCUGUUGCUAAAAAGAAGGUGACUGAGAAAGGGAACAUAUACCUUCAGGACUGGACAAUUACAAUGUGGAUCUGAAGUACAAGUCUCACCUUCUCAUCUGCAGUGACUCACCUUUGGACCCUUUCAAUCCUAAGAUUUGAUUUUGUCCUUACACCUGCAAGUUCCCAUUGAGUUGUCUGACUUGUUUGUCUGUGUAGGCAUGAAGCUAGCAUCUAGGUGGGAUGUUUCUCUUAACUAAAAAACCAAAAAAUCACCUCUAUUUCUCAGUGGUGGGUUGUGUUUCUCAUUAUAAGAUGAGGUUUAAGCAGUUGGAGGCUAAAAAUAAAUGAUCUUUUAUCUUUGUAUUAUCUUUAUAUACAUUUUUUGCAUCACUAAGAUUUUGUUCAAAGCAAGAAGGAACUCUGCUCCAACUGGAAGCUGGCUGUUUCUCCAAUUGCCUUGCACCUGUUUCCAAUUAACCAAGGCUAGUUAACGAUACUAUACAUUAGGAAAAAAUGAAUCAAGUGAGUUUAAGUUCAAGCUUCUUAUUUCUGGAAUUAAGAGUAGAGUAAGGUGAGAUGUUUAUAUUGAAUGACUGGCCAUGUACUUGUCUUCAGCCUUUAGUAAAUUAGUAGAGGCAGAGAGGGUAUGGGUGAGAGUGGGGAAAACACUCUUGUGGUUUUCUUGUUUACCCUUGGGAAGGAAGAUCAUGGGCCAUAGAUGGGCCAAGAGUUAAACAUUUACUGUUCUGUUUUGAAAGUAUGGGUGUGUCUUUGUUUUGAACAGAUGUUUCAAAGCCUUUUAUCAUAUCCAGUUAGUUCAGAAAGCCCUCUGGGCAUUGGAGAGGACUCUCAGAGCUGUUCUGGUCUACCCUUUCAGGGCACAGGGGUGUCAUUAGAGUCUGCUCUGCCUGUCCUUGCCCCAUGGAAACUGAGAACAUAACCUAGAAUGGGCUUAAAAUGCUCCCUUGUCCCAGCAAACUGAAGGAUCUCUAUCGUCAGAUUGACUCCAUCAGUGCGUCUGAGAGAUGGGCUGAUACCCAGAAAAGCUCAUGCUGAAAUAAAUGCAUCUCAAAGGUGCAAUUAGGUCCCUUCCCCUUCAACCUCCCAUUUACUUUCUUGUGGCAUUACGUAUCUUGACCAGCUAAGGCCAGCAGGGGCCAGCAGAUACCAAGCAAAGAUCUGUUCUGUAGUUAAUUGUUUAAGAUCAUGGAGGUACAUUCCUUCAAGACCACCAAAGAGAAAGGGACAAGAACUUGCAGUGUAUUGUCGCAUGUUGUUUGUGGGCAUAAUCAUUCUUUGGCCAUAAAGCGUUGCGCAUUACUGCUACAGCCUGA